AUGGAAACACAAUCUCAAUCAGAACCUUUCGUUGAAUCAAAUGUAAAAACGAAGACAGAUAAAGCAUGUGAACAUAUAACUAUAGUUAAGGAUGAAAAAGGAAACAAAAGUUACAUAUGUAAUUUUUGUGAAAUUUUUUGGCGUGGUGGUGGAAUAAGCAUAGCUAAGAAACACCUUGUCGGUGUUAGUGGUGACAUAUCAGUUUGUACUAAAGUAUCUCAAGAAGUCCGUUUCUUAAUGCACGGUCUUUUAAAAGAAACGGCACAAAAGGAAAAACGCAAAGCUAGUGGUGAUGGCAUAAACAAUGUUACUAUCUCGGAUGACGAUGAAGAUACGGAAGAAACACAAAAUCAAAAUGUCAAAGCACAUACUAAUAAGGAAGGAAAACGGAAAGAAGCAAUCAGCCGUCACCCUCCUUAUGCCUCCCUCACCGGCCGCCACUCCCACUUCUUCACCUCCGAUCGCCACCUCUCUUAUCUCUUUCUUGUUGCCGGCGACAACGAGGACCACCCGCUUCUGAGACCGUUCCACAGCAGCCAACCUCUCUUCGCCACCGUUGUUGAAGCUGAACCACCCGGAGACCCACUGUUGACGAUGACGGAGAAAGGAAUCACCCACAGGUCCGCCGACGGACGUAAAGCAUUGUUGUUGUUGUCGCAGAUCGAUCAUGCUUCCUUACCGGUGACGAAGAGGACACCGGUGGGUCCGUUCUUCUGCCGUUGCUGCCUCCAUUUCGCGCAGCUGCUGCCUACCGUCAGGAUCGUCGCAUGCCACCGUGGAGGAGUUAACCACCAUGGUCGCCAGCCAUGGUGGCUGCCGCCACUCACUACCACCGGCAACCAAGUUCGGGAAUGUGUCAGCCAAAAGUUGGGGUCGAGUAUGCGGGACUUCAGCAAGUGUGGGAUUGUGUCUUCGGGACUUCAUCAAUGUGAGACUUCGGGCUCAAAAACCUCUUCCCGUCCUCUUCCCCAUACAACAUUGGGCCUGACUCUUCUAUCCACUUCUAACCUAAACUUAAAAAAACACCCUACACAAAAAACACGCUACGCAAAGAAAAAAAAACGCCGCAACACCCUUCUUCUUCGUUCGUUCGUUCUCAGCACCCUUCUCAUCCCUGUUGAAGAUCGAUUCCAGCCGACCCUGCCCUUUCGUUGCCGGACUGGUCACCCUUCUUCUUCGUUCGUUCGUUCGUUCUCAGCACCCUCUGCUGCUGCCAAGCGCAGUUUCGAUCCUUGCUGCCAUCGUCUUCAACAUCAGCAGCCUGCAGAUAUUAAAAAACAAAUAUGCUUCUCAUUACAUUCUGCAACACUUUGGUUCACAUUUUCUGCUGUAGAGUCUCGUGCUCGUUCGCUGCUUCGCCUCCUGAGUCCCGCCUCUACGCUUUGGACUUGCUCUGCAUCCGAUUCCUUGCGUCCACCUCCUGCGACCCCCACCAGGAUCGACUGCCUUCUUCCGGCGACUUCUCUACCUUCGACCAGGUUCUUCUCCGGCGACUUCAGAUAUUUCCUAAAUUCGUUGACAUCAAUGGGUAGCAAGAAAAGGAGCUCUGAUAGUGUAGAAGAAAUAGAUAUCCAGAAGAGCAAUACAAGCUCUGAUAGCAAAGUUUCGAGUGAGCAUUUGAAAAAGAAGAUUAAAAAGGUGACGAAGAACGAAGAGGAGAUAGAAAAAUCAAAUAAUAACGAUAACAGCUCCAAUGGUGUUAAACCAAUGGAGAGGAAGAAAAAACGAAAAGCAUUAGAUAAAGAAAAACACCGCGCUACAUCGGGUGAUAACGCUGAAGUGAAGCCAAUUCUAGCAAAUUUGGAGGUCAAAGAAGUUGAGAAGAGUAGAACAAGUAACAGUUUGCCUGAGUUUCAUAUAGGCGUGUUUAAGGAUUUGGGAUCUGCCGAUGGUUUGGUAAGGGAAGCUGCUGCAGAGAGAUUGGUGAUGGAGUUGCAGGUGGUUCAGAAGGCUUAUAAUAUGCUCGAGAAGAAGGAAGAUGUUGAUGGUGGGUUGAAAUUGGAAGCUGAGAAAGAGGAUGGAUUGAAUAACUGUGCACCUUCCAUAAGAUAUGCUGUCAGAAGGCUUAUUCGUGGUGUUUCCUCAUCAAGAGAGUGUGCAAGACAAGGGUUUGCAUUGGGCUUGACUAUGUUAGUUGGUGCAGUUUCUGAUAUUGCAUUGGACUCUUUGCUGAAACUUAUAGUUGACUUAUUGGAAGUCUCUUCUUCUAUGAAGGGACAGGAAAUCAAAGAUUGUCUUUUAGGUCGUUUGUUUGCUUAUGGUGCUCUUGCAAGAUCAGGAAGACUGAUUCAGGAAAGCGAGUAUAUUAAGGAAUUCACUGGUGCUGUUAUUACACUAGCCACCAAGAAACGUUAUCUCCAGGAGCCUGCUGUUGUUGUUAUCCUGCAGUUAGUUGAAAAGUUGCCUGUUAAAGUUGUCUUGAAGCAAGUUCUUGAUGCUCCUGGUCUCCAUGAAUGGUUUGAAGGAGCCACAGAAGCUGGAAAUCCUGAUGCAUUACUUCUAGCUCUUAAACUAAGAGAAAAACUAUCUGAUGACAACAGAUCAUUUGGGAAGCUUUUGCCAAAUCCAUACAGUUCUAGCUCAAUGUUCUCUCCUGAACAUCUAUCCAUUCUUUCAAAUUGCCUAAAGGAGUCAACAUUUUGUCAGCCUCGAGUUCAUGGUGUGUGGCCUGUUUUAGUGAAUAUCCUUUUACCCGAUGUUGUCCCAGAAGGCACUGAUUCAUCAACAGGAUUAAACUCUACAAAGAAGCACAAAAAGAAACCCAAAUCGAGUUCUUAUGAAGAAGAUCUACAGAAAAACCUACAAAAUUUCUGGGAUGUUAUCAUCGAAGGGUCGCUUCUUUUAUCCUCUCAUGAUCGAAAACACUUGGUGUUUGAUGUUAUGCUUCUUGUUCUACCAAGACUCCCUGUUUCUUGCAUACCAAUUGUUUUAUCCUACAAGAUUGUCCAAUGUCUAAUUGACAUACUUUCCACAAAGGAUUCAUGGCUUUACAAAUUUGCACAAUACUUUCUUGAAAAGCUGUCAGAUUGGGUCAGCAAUGAUGAUGGAAAACGGGUAGCUGUAACCAUGGCUCUACAAAAACACAGCAAUGGGAAAUUCGACUGCAUUACAAGGACUAAAACUGUAAAAGAUCUAAUGUCAGGUUUCACUACUGAACCUGGCUGUAUGCUUUUCAUUAAAAACCUAAUCGACAUGUUUCUUGAUGUGCGACCUUUAGAAGAACCAUCUGACCAAAGUCAAACAACUGAUGAUAAUUCAGAAAUCGGUUCGAUUGAAGAGAAAGAUGUCACUUCAGAUUUUCUCAAAAGUUGGGUUGUGGACUCUCUUCCAAGUGUUUUAAAACAUGCAAAGCUUGAUAAGACUGAGGAUUCAAACGAGCUGCCUGAAGGUGAAGGAAAGUUUGGUGUUCAGAAAGAAAUCUUGAAGUUUUUAGCUGUUCAGGGGUUGUUCUCUUCAUCUUUAGGGACUGAAGUGACUUCAUUUGAGUUAGAUCAGAAGUUUAGAUGGCCAAAAGCAGCAACUUCAAGUUCUCUUUGCAGGAUGUGUAUUGAACAGCUGCAAUUACUUUUGGCCAAUGCUCAAAAAGGAGAAUGGCCUCAUACAGUUACAAGUGGGAAAGAAGCUAAUGAUCUUGGUUCUUAUUUCAUGAAAUUUCUCAGUGUUUUGCGCAACAUUCCAUCUGUAUCCCUCUUUAGGUCAUUGAGCGAUGAAGAUGAAAAGGCUUUCAAGAAAUUGCAAGCCAUGGAAAAUUGGCUUUCCAAAGAGGAAAGGAAUUGUGGGAUGAGUGCAGAUGCUCACAGAUUGCAUGCAUUGAGGUACUUACUCAUCCAAUUGCUGCUCCAAAUCCUACUCAGACCAGGGGAAUUCUUUGAAGCUGCUUCUGAAAUCAUAAUUUGCUGCAAAAAAUUCUUCCCAUCACCCGAUCUUCUUGAUUCAUCUGGAGAUGAUGAAGCAGAUGCAGAUGGUGAUGAUGCACCUGUGUUAAUGGAUGUUUUUGUUGAUACACUCUUAUCAUUGCUUCCUCAAUCAUCAGCUCCCAUGCGAUCCUCCAUUGAACAGGUUUUCAAAUACUACAGUGAUGAUGUGACAGACGAUGGUUUACUCCGAAUGUUGAAAGUUAUAAAAAAAGAUUUAAAACCCGCAAGGCGUCAGGAUUCCGAUACUGAAAAUGAUGAUGACACUGAUGACGAUGAUCUUCUAGAAAUCGAAGAAGCUGAAGAUUCCGAUGAAGCGGAAACCGGUGGUGAAGCUGCUGAUGACCAAUCCGAAGACUCCGAGGGAAUUGCUGAUUCCGCCGGAAAAGAAGAUUCCGAUUCCGAUUCCGAUGGCGGAAUGGAUGAUGAAGCCAUGUUUAGAAUGGAUUCGUAUCUGGCGCAGAUCUUUAAAGAGAAACGAAACCAAGCAGGAGGGGAAACUGCUCAUUCUCAGCUUGUUCUUUUCAAACUCCGUGUUCUUUCCUUGCUUGAAAUCUACCUCCAUGAGAAUCAAGGUAAACCACAAGUAUUGAAGGUGUUCACAAAUCUUGCACAAGCAUUCGUGAACCCCAAUACAACUGAAGGAAGUGAACAGUUAGGUGACAGGAUCUGUAAAAUCAUGGAACACAAAAUCUUCAAAGCAAAACAUUAUCCAAAAGACGAAUCUGUUCAGCUAUCACUUCUCGAGCCUCUACUUGAAAAGAAUCUAAAAUUGGCAUCAAAACCUUUCAAAAAGAAGAAAUCAGCAAUCACUCCAUCAAAAAAGAAACAAUCAGCUUCGUUUCAACGUUACAGAAAGAUUGUGAAUCUCGCCCAGAAUUCAAUCUACUGGAUCUUGAAGAUCAUUGAUUCUAGAAGCUUCAAGGAAGAUGAAUUGGAGAAGGUGUUUGAGAUUUUUAAAGGGGCUUUAACCCGUUAUUUCGAUGGGAAAAACUCGAUGCUCAAGUUGAAUUUCUUGAAGGAGAUUUUCAGGAGGUGGGCGUGGAUCGGGAGACGUUUUUUCGGGUUUUUAGUUGAGAAAUGUGGAGGGGCGAAAUCGAAAUUUCGGAGAGUUGAAGGGCUUGAUUUGGUGUUGGAGAUUUUGAAGCCUUUGAACAUUGAAGGAAGCGAUGUUGGAAAGAAGAUGGUGAGUAAACAUAUGUCUGAAAUUUGUGUUUUGAUUAAGGAAUUGGUGAUGAAUAUGCCUGAAAAGCAAUCCAAAAGGGCGGAAGUCAGAAAGUUUUGUGGGAAAUUAUUUACGAUUUUCACCAAUUUAAAGUUAUCCGCUAAGUUUCUUGAGUCUUUGGAUCCGGAAGUUUCUGUGGCGUGUGAGGGGCAAAUUGGUAAAGUGUUUCUUGAUUUGAAGAAACAACAAGUUUAGCGUAGGGUUCUUGAAAAAGAUUUGGAGAUGAAGCUAAAGUGUGAGAUUUUAGAGCUUCAUAAAAUUUUGAAGGGAUCUUUGUUUUAUUUUUAAGAAACUUUAUAUUCUGGAAUCACUAUACGAAUGUUUGCAGUUGCUUAGUUUUAUUAGAGCAUUUUAUGUUAUAAACUUUUGAAUAUUAUUUUCAUGUACUAUUGAACAAGAAUAUCCUCAUUGCUUACAUUUUUUCAACGUUUUAAAUACCC